AUGGAUAUCCUCUCACGUCUCUCUGUGAAAUCCUUGAUGCGGUUCAAGUUGGUGUGCAAAUCAUUCAACUCUCUCAUCUCCAGCACCUACUUUGUGAAGCUACACCUUCGCCAAUCCUCGGCUCCAAACGCCAACCCACUUGUAAUAUUCUUCCCUCCAUAUAACGACGCCGAUCACAUCUCAUCUUUGCAUGUCAAAUCCUUUCUCAAAACCCCUCCUCCAACCGUUGCUGAAGAAGUGCAGUUCUUACGCUCCAAUUGGAAAGACAGAUACUUGACAAUAGGUUCCUGUGAUGGGUUGGUGUGCAUGAUUGGAACCCAAGACACAUCUGAUGAACAGCAACUUUUUUGGGUUUGUUUCUGGAAUCCCGCCAUGAAGUCAACAUCUCAAAAGAUGUUCCAAGCCAUGAAGUCAACAUCUCAAAUGUUCCAAGCCAUGAAGUCAACAUCUCAAAAGAUGUUCCAAACCAUGCCGCCUAACGAUGAUGAGUUAUCCUAUCUCUUUGUCUAUUGCGGGUUUGGCUAUGAUUACGUGAGUGACACUUACAAGGUGUUAGUCCUAAUGAGAAACCAGUAUGCGAUGGUUUUUAAUAUGGGUGGCAAUAGUUGGAGAUGUGUUGGAUGUUUCCCACCUGAUCUUACCCCUAUAGAGGAGGGUAAGAACAUAUUUGGAGUUCACUUGAAUGGGACUCUUAAUUGGAUAGUCAUUAAUAAAAUUAAUGAGAACAAUUAUGUGGGAAACAAUGAGUGGGUGGAUUUUGAUUCUGAGUGGGACAAUUUUGAGUGGGACAAUGGCUCAUGCAUGAUUCUUUCUUUUGAUUUGAAUAAGGAGGAGUUUGUGAGGUUGGUGUUGCCUGAUACGCCCCAUAAGUUCCGUUCUCCACAUCUGGGGGUUUUGGAUGAAUGCCUCUGCGUUUCUCACAAUGACGGAGAAAAUUUUGUAAUUUGGCAGAUGAAGAAGUUUGGAAUUCAUGAGUCUUGGACUAAAUUGCUCAGCAUUAGUAAUGAUAAAGAUCUUGAACCUCGUGACUUCCCGAUACCCUUUUUCUUUCCUAUCUAUAGGUUCGACAAGGGUGAUUUCCUCAUCUUGCCAGAAGAUUUCCUCUACAACCCCAGAACUAAAAGAUUGAGUCCUCUUGAAACAACUUACCGCGUAUUUAAAUCAUGUGCCACGAUUUGCUGUGAAAGCUUAAUUUCACCUUAUUAA